UCUACAUAAAGGCAGCUGUCAUUAUUCAGCAAUUAAUCGAGGCAAACAAACGUCAAACAUGGCACUAUCUUCCAUGAAUAUUUAAUUGAAACACGAAUGCUAAUUAUCCUUAGAGUGAACAGUAGUUUGUUGAUAGCAUGUUCACCGAUAAUCUUCUAUGAUUUAUUAUACCCCAUUCAGCAACGUAAAGUACCAUUUUCCGUGUUAAAUAAAUAUUCGAGGAAACGCAUCAUCACAAUUUCUAAAAUCACUGAUUCACACAGUAUGAUAUGUUGAAGAGAGCUUCAAUAUGUUCUGUGAAGGCAAUCUAGUCGAUCAUCAGCUUUUUCUUAUUAUCUUACUUGCAUGAUAUCGUCAUGAUACUAUAUCUCCUGAUAGCGUCUGACCAAUACCAUGGUUAUACUACUUAAGAUUUAAAUCGAGCAUAGCUGAAGUGUUAAUAUUAAAUAAUAAUAUAAAAUAAUCUAAUAAUUAAUUUAUUGACUACUUAAUUAUUUCUCUUUAUUCCGUGUAAAAAAUUCUAGUUUUGUCAAAAUCCUAAAAAGACUCUUAAUCUCUUCUCGUUUUUAAUCAUUUGUGUGGGAGAGGAACAAUGUGAAUAAUAUCACAGCAUAUAUGAUACGGGAGUAUCUAUCAGUUUCCACGGCUACAAAGGGAAGGAUAUUAAAGUGGGUUGGAAUUACGAGACAAGAUCCAUAUAUGCUCCCCUUUUCAGUGGAAGCGAAUGCAGGCGACGACGCAAAGCGGCCACGUGACAAUGGAAAAAUUCUGUUUACACAGCCUGUCAGUUCGUCGUUUGUUCCACGUACAUACGUACGUACGUACGAGAGUAUAUACGGAACACUACUGGCAUGAAAGAGAAACUGAAGCACCGAGUUUUUUACGUCGCGAUGAAUAAACAUCAUUAGACUCUGUACAAAACUGUGAAUGACUUUGCUUUCUAUUGUUUCUUCGUUCCGGUUUCUCUUGCCUUCAACUUCGGCGCAAGUUUUACUUAAUUUCAUUCCUUUCAAAAACAUGAGCGCCUGACGGUUCACGAUUAUUCUUCCUAAAGAUGGUUAUCGACGUCCUUCAUCAUUAUACUGCGUGUUCAAAAAGUAAUAUUCUCACUCUCAGGUGAAAAUUAUUCCGAAUUGGAAUAAAGGGAAGUAGUAUAAAAUAAAUAAAUAUACAAUAUUUGCGUUAAGUGUCUGAAUUGUCUGUGCAUUAUGUCUUAUACUGUGAGUACUGUUACGGUGUGUAUGUAUAAACCUGCACCGCAGUAGUGCAUAUCAGUUAUUUCUCUGUCAUAGUUUAUACAUCGAGCUAUAUAAACAAUGUGAUAUGUACCUAAGUACCUAGUGCCAUGGGCUCGUAUAUCUUUCAGUUCAUUUCCUGACGCGCUCUGCAACGAAGGAAGCACAAUUUGUCACGUGACACAUCGCACUGCACUCGUUUCCCUUCACCUUUUUCCACAUCUUUUAAUUGCACGAUUUCCAAGAUCGUGAUCGUAUAGCGAAGUUUCUUUCGGUUCAUCAUACUACAUAAAAGACGUGUGUCAAGACAUUCGAAAAUACAUAUCAAGUCUUUUCAUUUGGCUUCUUUUUUAUUUCUCAAUCAUGUUUCAUAAUUCAUGUUCACAUCUUGAAAUUAGUGUGAAUCAGUGAGUUGCGGUGAAUAUCUAAUGUCUGUCAGACUUUUUGAUCUGGGUAAAAUGUUAAGUGACGAUUUAGAGAAAACAUUAGAAGGAAAGCAUCCCCUAAGUUUCUCAGUUAUGAAGACCCCAAAUAUAUUGUCCGUCAAUGUCAGGUCGCCUAAGAGCAGCUCGCUGUUUGGCAAGUUCGGAAAUCUGAAGCCGGAAGAAGAACCUGUCGGAAUGUCGCAACGAGUGGUACCGUCCUCCAGUGCGUUCAAUCCAAAGACUGAUAGCCUGCACGCGUCUAUGAGACCAAUUAUUAUGUUGGCGCAAUGUUUUUCUCUGUUCCCUGUUUCCGGUGUUAACACUCCCGAUGCAUCGUUUCUUAGAUUUACUUGGCGCAGUCCGAAAUUUAUAUAUUGCGCUAUUUCAUUCCUCGGUUCAUCGAUGAUGACUAUUUUUAACAUUAUGAGAAUAAUCUAUACUGGAGUGAAUUCAACGAAAAUGACUACGUUCGUUUUCAAUGGAACAAAUUUGAUCGCCUCCUUCCUUUUCCUUAAAUUGGCCAUGCAGUGGCCUUGUUUGAUGCUAACUUGGGAGAAGCUUGAAAAUGAGCUUUCGAACAGACAUAGGAAAUUAUCCAAAGUUAAUUUGGCUACGAAAUUCAAGGUCGUGACCAUAGUGGUAAUGACUCUUGCUUUCCUGAUAAACGUUAAAUCGAUAUCCAGCUAUAUCAUGUCCUUGUCUGCUGUANUUCCCACAGGUAGCUACUCUCACCCAUUCGCCAAUGUUUCACUUAAAUUAAGAAAAAAUUCUAAAAAUAUGUUCCCAAAGAUAUUUUCCAGAAUUUCGUACAGUUUAUGGAGAGGCAUAGUCGUGGACGUCAUCAACAUCCUCAGCACCUUUUCGUGGAAUUUCGUCGACCUGUUUCUCAUCCUCAUUAGCAUAGCUCUGACCGAUCAGUUCCGACAAUUAAAUAAUCGUUUAUACUCUAUAAGAGGCAAGGCAAUGCCGGAAUGGUGGUGGGCCGAAGUAAGGAACGACUACAACCACUUAGCGACCCUGACGAGGCAACUGGAUUCUCAUAUCUCCAUUAUGGUCCUCCUCUCCUUCGCCACCGAUUUGUAUUUCAUCUGCAUACAACUACUUUUCUCUUUCAACCCCAUGCGAAGCGUCAUCGAGAAAGUUUACUUCGGCUUCUCCUUCGGAUUUCUCUUGGCAAGGACCACGGUUGUCUCUUUGUGCGCCGCGUCAAUUCAUGAUGAAUCGCUGCUACCAGCACCGAUUCUGUACAGCGUUUCAGGAAGCAGCUUCUCCACUGAGGUGAUGAGAUUCUUGUCACAGGUAACGACAGAUAGCAUCUGUUUAACCGGUAUGAAGUUUUUCUCGGUGACUAGGAGUCUCGUGUUGACCGUAGCAGGAACGAUAGUUACGUACGAAUUGGUCCUGGUUCAGUUCAAUCAGAAUGCGCAGCAAAACAACACGCUUAACAGUACGGAGGUGUGCGAGGUGAAGUAAUCGUGUGUUCAAGCACGAGACACGUUUUCGAAAAUUGCGUAUCUCACCUCUCUUUUUCGCCUGAAUAUUCGGCUAGUUCGUGAAUUUGCACAAUUAAUUUUAAUUUCAUACUGUAAAUUAAAUCGCGCUUACUGCCCCAGCUGCUGUACAUACAGUGCCACCCGAACUACACCAUGCCUUGCAAUUUUGUACAAUACAUACAUACAUCCUUAUUCUAUCUUCCCUUCAAGUAUUCUCUGCAAUUCUUUCUUAUAUAGGGCAUCUAAGGAUUAAGGGCAGAUAAGGAAGGAUUAGUAUUUUUCUUAAAAAAUAUUAAACUUUUGAACAUAUGUAUGUAUAUUACAUUAUUAAUAUUCAAUAAAAAAA